CCCGCCCGCACCGCCGCAGCUGCCACCGCCGUCUUCGAAGCGCAGAGUCCCGGCGCGGCAGCCGCUCGGAGCUCUCGGGGCAGCGCAGAGCGAGGCGAGCAGGCAGGCGGACGAGCGAGCCGGGAGCCGGAGCGGCCGGGGAACCGGCAGCAGCUGCGCGGCGGGCCCCGAGCGACGCGGCCGACGCUCCAGCAAACUUGGGCGCGCGCUCGCGCCACUGCGCCCGCGGCCGGAGCGAUGAAGAUGGUCGCGCCCUGGACGCGGUUCUACUCCAACAGCUGCUGCCUGUGCUGCCAUGUCCGCACCGGCACCAUCCUGCUCGGCGUCUGGUACCUGAUCAUCAAUGCCGUGGUACUGCUGAUUUUAUUAAGCGCCCUGGCCGAUCCAGAUCAGUAUCACUUUUCAAGCUCUGAACUAGGAGGUGACUUUGAGUUCAUGGAUGAUGCCAACAUGUGUAUUGCUAUUGCAAUUUCUCUUCUCAUGAUCCUGAUAUGUGCAAUGGCUACUUACGGAGCGUACAAGCAACACGCUGCCUGGAUCAUACCAUUCUUCUGUUACCAGAUCUUCGAUUUUGCCCUGAAUGCCUUGGUUGCCAUCACUGUGCUUGUUUAUCCGAACUCCAUUCAGGAAUACAUACGACAGCUGCCUCCUAAUUUUCCCUACAGAGAUGAUAUCAUGUCAGUGAAUCCUACCUGUUUAGUCCUCAUUAUUCUUUUGUUUAUCAGCAUUAUCUUGACUUUUAAGGGUUACUUGAUUAGCUGUGUUUGGAACUGCUAUCGAUACAUCAAUGGCAGGAACUCCUCCGAUGUCCUGGUUUAUGUUACCAGUAAUGACACUGCGGUGCUGUUACCCCCGUAUGAUGACGCCACCGUGAAUGGCGCUGCUAAGGAGCCACCACCACCCUAUGUGUCUGCCUGAGCCAAGAGUGGAGCAGGGCCAAGAGCCACAGAUAUCUGAGCAGUAGUGCUUGAUUUCACUUCUGAGAUGAACUCCCUGAGCUUAUUUGUUGCUGAAAUGCUACAUUUUAAAUUUUAGAUGUUGAGUUGAGACUCUCUGUAGUUUCAAACGUAUGCUUUAGCUACAACACUGUGAUAGAUUAGCUGUGGAAUCCUGUCUGUAGGGGUGGGGGUAUAAUGGGCUUCACUAGUCUUCCCUAGGCAUUGAAACUUCCCCAAAAUAUAGCUGGACCUUGAGUCAGAGAGGUCUGGUUUUGUACCUUCUGGAACCCAAGGUUGGGCAAUAGUCACACUUUUUCUCUGUUCCCUCUGUCUCUUUUUAAAGUGUAAAAUAAAGUCAAAAUUUAGCGCUUUUCUUAAACCAUUCCAGUGUAUGGAACAAACCCUUAUGAAAACAGGAAUGUUAAUUGUGUAAUUGUUGCUCUAAUUAGGUAAAUAGGAAUCCAUAUGAAUUUCCUUAAUAUCGUUUAUGGCUUAAAUUCAAUGAUAGUUUGAGUUUGCUGGUCAGGAUUUUGUCCAUGGACUAAAUUAAGACCAUUGACAAUAACAGGCAGUGAGAGCAGUAACUAUCUGGUGGCUCUUCUUGUACAUCCUGUGUCUGGGGCCAUGGUAUGGCAUGUCUCCUGUGUCUUCGAGGGGUGGAACUGACUUUUCUCCUGGGUCCCCCCCCUACCAGGGCCCCCUUUUACUAAGUGUUCUGCCCUAGCUUGAUCCAAAGGGGACAUUCAACUUACUUUAUCAAGUGGAAUUGCAGAUAUGUGUUUGCCUAAUAAUAUGAAGAAAUGUUUUCUCCUCCUUUCCCUGCAAGGUACAGCCUACUGCUUUAAACUUCCAAGUAUGCCUAGUCAUCUUUUAAAAUGUAAAAGUCAUCAGUAAAACGAGGGUUGUCUUCCUUGUGGAAUGCUGUUAUCUUGACUAUCUGAAUUGUGAGGGAUUUUUAUAUAUUCAUAUGUUCAAAAGUCAGCAACUCUCCUGUUUGUUCAUCACUGAAUGCGCUGUAAAUAAAGUUUUUUGCAAUUAAAGUGAGAUUUGCCCACAUCCAAGAAA